GCUGAAAACGUGACUUAGGAUUUGAAGGCCGAAAAUAUAGAAAACAGUGGUAAACCGAGAACGACUGAAAAUUUUUGUUGUGAAAGUCAUCACCCACCAUUCAUUGGCCGGUGAUAACGUUUGCUGUCAAUUUUCCAGAGACAAAAAAGUAGUUUAUUCACAGAAGAAAUCACUUCUCAGUUCAUCCAAAAGUGGGUGUGCGUUCUCUCGUUGGGGGACGUACGUGGUCGUUCUUUUGAGUCUCGUUUCGACGGACGAGCCAAAUGAUAAAUAAAUAAUUUUACCGUUAUUUUGAAAGUGAUAGUGAUUAUUAACACUCUUCCAUUAGAAGAUUCAAUUGGCUGUAGAACUGUUAUACUAGUAUAAGGUCAGUUUGUUGAUCAACAUUACAUUUAUAGUGGAUUGCGUACACGGUACAGUAUUAAAAAGUGAAGACUGGUUGCAUCCCCGGAUUGCUUCAUAGCGACCUUGUGUACCAGUAUUCAUCGCAUAGAUAUAUUCGAUUAUGGAGGACAUUCGAGCUAUGCUGGAAGCAGCUCACGCAUCAUGCAGUGGCCAGAUGUCUGCAAGCGCGACUAAUUUCAGCGAAUAUAAAGUCGGAGAUCCCGAUACCAACACUGGUGAGAGUAGCAGUGCUAGAGAACAGGAACCUGUGGCGCCAUGCAAAGUAUGUGGUGAUAGGUCCUCAGGAUUUCACUAUGGAGUUAUGGCAUGUGAAGGCUGUAAGGGUUUCUUCAGACGAAGUAUACAGAAGAAAAUUGAAUAUAAAUGUAAUUUUUCUGGCAACUGCCUUAUAGAGCGAAUGAAUCGGAAUCGUUGCCAACAUUGCAGAUUUAAAAAAUGUGUCAUGGCUGGCAUGUCAAAAGAUUUUCGAAUUGGGAGAUAUUCAAAGAAAGCAAAACCCACUGUUAUGGAUGAUGUCAACAGACUGACAUCUACAACACCCUAUGAGACUCCAAUAGAGAAACAAGCAAGGGAGAGCAAAGAACUGGAGUUGUUUAACCUAACUCAGACAGUAGACAGAGCACAUAGAUUGACUUGUACUUAUACCAUCGAGAGAGCUCAGCAGCUUUUACACAAGAAGCAAAUAUUUCUGGCAUUAUUACACCCAAGUGAACCACCUCCACUGCCGAAAGUGAAUAUAGAGAGUACUGCAGAUAUUUCACAGAAUAUUGAAUUGUUGAUGUGGACAAUCUUCUGUGAAGCCAUGACUCCUGGAAUCAAAAAUGUUGUUGAGUUCGCCAAAUGCCUACCAGGUUUUCUGACACUCUCUCAGGAAGAUCAAAUGACUUUACUAAAGCAAGGAUUUUUUGAAGCCUGGUUAGUUCGGAUAUCUCGCGUUUUAUGCCCUGAAGACAAGACACUAACACUCGAUGAAGAACAGAUAUUUACAUCACAUCAUUUUACUCUGUUAAAGACCCAAGAUCUGUGGAAUGCAGUGUUUGAAUUUGCAACUGGUUUACACCAGUUACAGCUCACUGAUACCGAGCUAGCAUUGUUUACUGCAGUCAUACUGACAUGUGGAGAUCGCCCAGGAGUAAAAGAUUCUCCACCCAUUGAACUCUUACAAGAGAAGCUCCUAGAAUGUCUACGAAGAGAAAUCUUGCGUCAGGAAAACAGAGACCAUCACUUGUUUGCUAGAUUGAUCAUGAAGAUGACCAACUUACGAUCAAUUGCAGCUCUUCAUAAUGAGAAGAUGUUGGGUUUCAAAAUAGACUGGCCGCAAGCUAAAAUACCACCUUUACUCGCCGAACUUAAUGAUUUAUGUGAUAGUCUUGAAUGCAGUCCUUUGAGUAAAGUGGAGAGUGAUGAUGUUGAUAACAUUGUAACAGCAAUAUCCUCCACGAAAGAAGAACCUGUGUUUGUGUAG